GUCACGAUGUCCCAAAGUGACCUGUACAUGUUUUAUCAUGGAUUUUGUCUCCCAAAACUUGCUUACACUGUGGACAGUCUGAACUAUUUUGAAUCGUUCCAGGUUCAGGAUGAUGAUAUUUUUGUAAUUACAUAUCCCAAAUCUGGGACAACAUGGAUGCAAGAAAUACUUCCUCUGAUCCUGUCUGGAGGAGAUCUUACUCCUGUGCUUACCCUUCAAGGCUAUGAGAGAGUUCCAUGGCUUGAGGAAGUUCGCAGUGCUCAAGUUGUACGCAAGCUCAGUGCUCCACGCACACUCAUCUCUCAUAUGCCCUGCCACCUGAUGCCUUCCACCUUCUUCUCUUCUAAGGCUAAGGUCAUUUAUAUUACUAGAAACCCAAAGGAUGUUGCGGUUUCCUUUUAUUAUUUCCACCAAAUGGCCAGUUUUCUGCACGAUCCAGGAACAUUUGAAGAAUUUACUGACAGCUUCCUAGCAGGAAAUGUGAUGUUUGGAAAGUGGACUGAUCACGUGAAGAGCUGGAAAAAUCCCGAUUUAGGAGACAGAAUUCUCUACAUAACGUACGAGGAGAUGAUUCAGGAUCUGUGUGAAGUUAUCAAACACAUUUCAUGCUUCCUUAAUCAUCGACUAAGUGAAGAGGCUCUGAAACGCAUCACUGAACAGUGCCAGUUCAAAACCAUGAAGCAAAACAACAUGUCCAAUUACUCAUUGGUGACACCAGAGAUAAUGGACAACAGCAAGUCUCCUUUCCUUAGAAAAGGAAUUGCUGGUGACUGGAAGAAUCACUUCAGUCCUGAAUAUGAGGCCAAAUUCAAUGCAUUUAUUUCUGGAGAACUGAAGGGAACUGGCAUUAGAUUUCCCUGGGAUGAGGAAUGUCAAUGAAAUCCCAACUUGUUACAUGGUUGAAUUUAAAUACAUUUAAUAC